AUGAAGGAUGAACACUGCAUCAAUAAUACAUUUUUCCGCAAAUCUUACGAUCGUCUUCCAGAUAAGGAGAGAGGAGUUAACAGAGGUAUCAGAGACAUACGAUCUCCAACUCCUGUGCUCAACAAAAUUAAUGGCGCGGCGGACAAUGCGUUCAUAUUACGAAUUCCGCCAAGUAAUGCACUUCCUGGCGGGAUGGAACGGAGGGCAGUAUCAAUCUCUAUCUCUCCGGUUCUUUGUAUCCGCAAUACUUCUCUAAUAGUACCCACACCUGAGGUUGGUGACCCAGCACCCACACCUGAGGUUGAUGACCCAGCACCCACACCUGAGGUUGAUGACCCAGCACCCACACCUGAGGUUGAUGACCCAGCACCCACACCUGAGGUUGAUGACCCAGCACCCACACCUGAGGUUGAUGACCCAGCACCCACACCUGAGGUUGAUGACCCAGCACCCACUCCUGAGGUUGAUGACCCAGCACCCACACCUGAGGUUGAUGACCCAGCACCCACACCUAAGGAUGAUGAUCUCGAAUCCUCAUGA